UUCUGGCGGCGGCCGGAUGCGACCAAAUUCCUCCCAUUCUCUCUCCUCCCCCGCGCGAUUCCAUUCUCUCCCUUGACAAAACCGGAGCAACCAAGGAGAAAAAGGAAAGCGGGCGAGGAAAAGGAACUUGGCUCCUUCUCCCGUUCCGGAUUGAUCGCGAGGCGGAUUGCUUGGAAAUCCUGGUGGGGGCUCCGGCUCGAAGAGGGGUGCCCGCGGUUGCGCUUGGCUCAUCUCCGGUGUGGCGCGUGUUUGAGCCGUUCUAAUCCUGAUGGUAACCUGCUGCUAGGUUCGGUACAAUCGGAGAAAUAAAUGUGCUGUGCAAUAGAUGUCUGAAGCAUGAAAAGAUAUACCAUCUCACUAUGUUAAACGGUUUUGUUAGCACACUGAUGGCUGAGGUGUUUGCAUGACAUCCUCUUUGAGCUUAUAUGGGAACAGUGGCUGUAUUGGUAAUUUAAGCAAAUCCCAGUCACUUCAAGAUUCUAAACUGAAAGGAUCUUUAAGAAAGAGGUCUCGGAAUUCUUCUAUUGGAAACAGAAGACGAUGGCAACCGGGUCUAGAAGCAAUGGAGAACAACGUCAGCAUAUCAGUUUCUCUUGAGGGGAAUAUCUCGUCUAUUCCCAACUCAAUAAUCAACGAUUCUAAAAUGUCAACGGACAACGGGUUAGAUACAUCAUUUAUAAACCAUGCUGCUGUAGCAUGGGCUGAGAUGAGAAGGCAAUGGGUUGGACACCAGGCAGAAGUUCCAAAAAAGGCACCUCGAGAGCCAGUAAUAAGUUGGUGCACAACAUAUGAUGAUCUCUUGUCGACAAGCGAACGUUUUCCACAGCCAAUCCCACUAUCUGAGAUGGUUGAUUUUUUGGUCGACAUAUGGCAUGAAGAAGGACUCUAUGAUUAGCUGAUCCCUGGCUUUCUUUUGGACUUGCUGUUAGAAAAUCUCAUCACCUUCCUCCCCACAAAAGAUGUAAUCUCCAGAAGAAGCUAGAUACGGAGUUGUUUCUUAAUUAGUCCCAACAUUUGGAAUUGGAAAACUGUUAAUUUAAAAGGUACUACAGUUGGUUGGUAUAAUUUCUGACAUCAGGAGAUUAGCUGUCAGCUUUGUCGCUUCUUGCUGAAUGAAUUGUUGGUUGGUACAGUUGGUCGAUGGUUUGUCGUACCAAAAUGAAUUGUUGUUUACGGAUAGAAAGGGAAGGAUAAUUGUAAUUUUCUGUAAUACUAUCAUUGUGAUGUUAUUGACGAGUUUAACGUUGGUCAUCUACUUUAA